AUGACACCCACCGGACCGGUUCUGCUCCACCUGCUGCUGCUGCUCCCGGUGUGUCUGUCCGCGCGCUACUUCGGACACAUCGCCGAGAACUCCCCGGUUGGGACGCCGGUGUCCGGGGUUCUACUGCUGGUGGGAUCCUACCUCAACGCCAGCCUGACGGGGGAUUACGCCUCGGAUUUCAGGCUCGUGCAUCACCACGGGCACCACCGGGACCACCAUGUGGGUUUGGUCUCUGCCAAAGCCCUGGACCGGGAGUUCAUCGCGAUGUACGAGCUGACGGUGCAGCUGCCGCGCGGAGCCGCCGCCGUGCAGGUGGAGGUGUCGGACAGGAACGACAACAUCCCCCAGUUCACCGGUGGGAACCGGUCGGUGGAGGCGCACGCGCUCACACCGCUCGGAACCGAACUGGCGCGCUUUGACGCGAAGGACGGAGACGCGGAGAGGAACGGACGCGUCACUUUUUACGCGUUACCGGAGUCUCACCUGCUGCACGUGGUUCCGCAGACCGGGCAGGUGAGGCUGGUCCGGUCCCUGCUGGGGGUCAGACAGGUGACUCUGCGGCUGUUCGUUCGAGACGGAGGAUCCGUGGCGCUGAUCGGGGAUCCGGUGUUUCUGCACAUCAACGUCUGCCGCUCGGGUAAACUCCGGAAGCCCCGGGCUCUCACCGAGGAUCUGACGUACAGCGUGUCGGUCCCGGAGCAGGCGAGGCUCGGGGACCUGGUGUUCACGGUGCCGGACCAGAGGUUCGAGCAGCGCUGGUUCCAGCUGGUCUCCGAGGCGGACUCCCCGGUGCAGAUCGAGCGCGACUCGGGGCGGAUGUACCUGGCCCGAGUCCUGCUGGAGCCCGCAGAGGUGCUGGUGAAGAUCCACAACUUCCGGGGGGAUGAGUGGUACCUGUGCAGGCUGACUCUGAGCAUGCCCAGUCAGGCGGCACUGCAGUGGGCCAUGUUCCCCUCGCCUUACCUGGGGUCCGUGGGCCCCGACGCCCCCCCCGGCUCCGUGGUGUACCAGCUGUCAGCACGACACCGAGACGGGGCACCCGGACAAACUCAGUUCCUCCUCCUGGACGGUGGGGAGGAGUGCUUCGAGGUGGACCGUCGCUCCGGUCAGAUCAGGACCACGGGGCGACCUCUGACCCCGAGUAAGGAGUACGUUAUGCGCGUGCAGGCGACGGACGACAGCGGUCGCAAAGGCUCACCAGCCACCGUUGCGAUCCUCGCCGGAUACCGACCGCCGCAGUUCACCAACGCCACCUACAGCCUGAACGUUCCGGAAAACACCCCCGCCGGACAGCCUGUGUCGGUGGUGCAGGCGGUCUCCUUCCAGGGAAAGAGUGUGUCCUACAUGCUGCAGGUGAAUCCUGGGAAUCUGUUCAGCGUUCAUCAGGAGAGCGGCGCUCUCAGCCUCACCCGACCCGUCGACUUCGAGAGCGGACACACCGUCCACCACCUGCAGGUCCGGGCGUCCGAACCCGACACCGGGCUCAGCGGCGCCGCCGAGGUGGUCGUCCACAUCACGGACGAAAACGACUGCACGCCGGAGUUCCUGCACUCCAUCUACACCAGAGACAGCAUACCUGAGAGCACACCGCCGGGAACCUCCCUGCUGCAAGUCCUGGCUCGUGACUGUGACUCGGGGUUGAACUCGGAGUUGUCGUACUUCGUUCACGGGGAAGACUUUGACAUCACGUCGGGGGGCGUGGUCAGCCCCGCCCGUCGCCUUGACUACGAGCGACCCAAUCACGUGUACGAGUUUGUUGUGGUUGCCGUGGACGCGGGCUCGCCCCCCCGUACGGGCACCGCCUCCGUCCGCAUCCGCGUCGCCAACAGCAACGACGAGCCGCCCGUCUUCUCCCAGAGCGCGUACAAGACGUUCCUCAGCGAGGACGCCGGGCCGGACACGCUCGUCGCCAUCGUCCACGCCAACGACCCGGACGGUGACACCGUCUCUUACGCCAUCACCGGCGGCAACGAGGACAGCAACUUCCUGCUGGACAACCAGAAGGGCAUCAUCAAGCUGAGGAGGAGCCCCCCCCCGAGGCUCCGGGGCCCGCAGUACGUCCUCAACAUCACGGCUACGGACGACAACGCGUCGGGAGGGCCGUACCCCCUGAGCAGCUCGGCGCAGGUCAUCGUAGGAAUCAACGACAUCAACAACAACAAGCCGCUGUUCCAAGAGUGUCCGAACUACAGUCUGAAUGCGGUGGUUCCGGAGAACCAGCCUCCAGGGACGCUGGUGCUGCGGGUCCAGGCCCACGACGCCGACAUGGGGGUCAACGGAGAGGUGAAGUACGGCAUCAUGAACAGAGACGGGGUGUCGUCCGGCUUCAACAUCGACCCGGACACCGGCGUGAUCGUCACCACGGUGAGCUUCGACCGGGAGCGUCAGAGGGAGUACAUGCUGUCGGUGACGGCCACGGAUCAGGCCGAGGAGCCGCUCAUCGGGAUCUGUCAGAUCACCGUCCUCAUCGGAGACGAGAACGACAACGACCCCAAGUUUGAAAACAGCCGCUACCAGUAUUUCCUGCGGGAGGACACUCCGGUAGGAACUAGUUUCCUGCGGGCGGCGGCACACGAUGACGACCAGGGGAGCAACGCGGCCAUCGCCUACUCCCUGACCAAUCAGAAGCCGGCGUACCUGCACAUCAACCCCAGCACCGGCUGGAUCUACGUCAACCACCCCAUCUCUCAGACGUCCCGCAUCAGUCAGCAGAUCGUGGCGUCGGACGGGGGGAACCGCAGCAGCUCGGUGGAUCUCACCGUCAUCAUCACCAACGUUCACAACCAGCCGCCACUGUGGGAGCAGCCGGAGUACUGGGUCACCGUGCCGGAGAACACAGCGCGGGACGCCAGGGUGGUGACCAUCAAGGCGACGUCCCCGCUCGGCGACCCCCGGGUCACCUACAACCUAGAGGAGGGUCAGGUGCCAGAGACCAACAUGCCGGUGCGGUUCUACAUCAAACCCAACCGGGCCGACAGCUCGGCCUCCAUCUUGGUGGCCGAGAACCUGGACUACGAGAUGACGCGCUUCUUCACGCUCCGAGUGCGAGUCCAGAACGUGGCCGCCGUGCCACUCGCGUCCUUCACCACCGUCUAUGUCAACGUGACAGACGUGAACGACAACGUCCCCUUCUUCCUGUCCUCCACGUACGAGGCCACGGUGCCUGAAGGGGCGGAGGUCGGCACAUCCGUGGUUCAGGUUUCUGCCACAGAUCUGGACUCCGGUCUGCACGGGAAGGUGCACUAUGUGAUCCUGAAGGACGAGAGCGGUGACUCUCAGUUCUUCAGCAUCGACGCUCACAGCGGCGCCAUCGUAACUCGAGCGUCCUUCGACCGCGAGCAGAAAGCCUCCUACCUGAUUGAGGUCCAGUCCCAGGACGGCUCCGAGUCUGCGAGACCGGGCCUUCAGGGACAACCCAACACCGACACGGCGUACGUCCGGAUCUUCGUCACCGACGUCAACGACAACGCGCCGGCGUUCCCUCGACCGGAAUACGAGGUGAGCGUGGAGGAGGACAAGGAGGUCGGCUUCACCCUCCUCACCGUCACCGCCAACGACGAAGACGAAGGCGCUAACGCCAAGCUGCGCUACCAGAUCACGGCGGGGAACGCGAUGGGCUCCUUCGACGUGGAGCCCGAGGUCGGCACCAUCUUUGUGGCCCAGCCGCUGGACUACGAGAUGGAGCGGCGCUACGAGCUGCGCCUGGUGGCCUCCGACGGGAAGUGGGAGAACGAGACGCUGGUGGUGGUGCAGGUGGUGAACCGCAACGACGAGGCGCCCGUCUUCAGCCGGAGCGAGUACCAGGCCGCCGUCACCGAGGAGCUCACGCAGCUGCCCGUCUUCAUCCUGGAGGUGUCGGCCACAGAUCCGGACCAGGAAGCUGACCAGACCGCCCUCCGUUACUCCCUCCAUGGUCAGGGUGCCGGGGGUGAGUUCACCAUUGACGAACGCACCGGGAGAAUCUACGCCCAGCGGCGCCUGGAUCGAGAGGAGCGACCGGCAUGGAGAUUCCUCGUCCUCGCCACCGACGAGGGAGGGGCAGGACUCACGGGAUUCGCAGACGUGUUGUUGGAGGUCAGAGACGUCAACGACAACUCACCCUUCUUCCCGUGCCCGGCACUGGAAGUGGACGGAUGUUUUGUCGGACAAGUGCCUGAAAAUUCGCCUGCAGACACCUCGGUGAUGGAGAUGCGUGCCAUGGACCUGGACGACCCCAACGAGGGCAAGAACGCCGUGCUGACCUACGGCAUCAUCAAGAACGUCCGCAACGAGAUCAACCUCAACCUGUUCUCCAUCAACGCCAGCACCGGGACCAUCUACACGGUUCUUCGUUCCCUGGACCGAGAGGUGGAGGAGCGAUAUCUGGUGGUGGUGGAGGCCAGGGACGGAGGGGGUUUGGCGGGAACGGGAACAGCCACGAUCAGGAUUUCCGACGUCAAUGAUCACCCACCCGUCUUCACUCAGAGGGUCUACACAUCUCAGGUGACAGAGGACCUGGAGGUGAACAGCGAGGUUCUGGUAGUUUCCGCCACAGACGGAGACGAAGGAGAGAACGCCGUGGUUACCUUCAGCAUCGUCGGCGGUGACGAGGACAGGAAGUUCUUUGUGGAGACAGACAAAGUGAACAGGCGUGGCGUGAUCAAACUCCAGAAGAUGGUGGACUUCGAGAAGCCCCGGGAGAGGACUUUCAAUCUGACGCUGAAGGCGGAAGACGCUGAUUUCUUCAGCCUGGCCUACUGUCUCGUCCAGGUGGAAGAUGCCAAUGACCACGCCCCCGUCUUUCUCCCUCAGUUCUACGAGUCACCAGCCAUGUCUGAAGACGUUCCCGUGGGGACGAUUGUUGCUCAGGUCACAGCUUCUGAUCUGGACUCGGGCCAAAAUGGACGAUUCUCCUACAGUAUUUCAAAAGAGUCUGACCCCUACAAUCAGUUCCUGGUGGACCAGUCCGGUUGGGUGGUGGUGGCUGACUCUCUGGACAGGGAGAAAGUCUCGCAGCACAGGAUCAUGGUCCUCGCCAUCGACGCUGGGAGUCCCCCGCUGACUGGAACUGCCAUCGUGGUGGUAACUGUGCUGGACAUUAACGACAAUGGGCCGGAGUUCGAGGUCUCCUAUCAGCCUGUGGUUUGGGAGAACAUGGCGGCCCCUCAGGCGGUUCGAAUGAAUGACACCUCCCUCCUUAUCCACGCCACGGACCGGGACACCUCCACCAACGGCGGACCCUUCUCCAUUCGGCUUCUCAUGCUCACCUCAGACGCCACCAACUUCAACCUGACGGACUUCCGUAACGGCAGCGCGGCCGUCACUGCCCUCCGGACUUUUGACCGCGAGCGACAGAAGGAGUACCGCCUCCCGGUUCUUAUGAUUGACAGCGGCUCUCCUCCAAUGAGCUCCACCAGCACGCUGACGGUUGUCAUUGGUGACAGGAAUGACCACCCUCACUCCCCGGGUCACACACACUUUGUGGUCUACAGUUAUGAAGGUAUUCUCCCGACGACGGUGCUCGGACGAGUUCAAUCCCCCGACCUUGAUGACUGGAGUGAGAAAGUUUACCGUUUUGAAGGAAAACCCUCCAGGUUGUUCAGUCUGAACCAGAGCUCAGGUGUGCUCAGUAUCAGGGAGGGGGCUCCUCCGGGCUCGUAUCUCCUGCAGGUGCUUGUGUCGGACCGAACCUGGCCCGACGUCACCUCCACGGCUCAGGUGGAGGUCAGGGAGCUGCAACAGGAGGCGCUGAGGAACGCCGCCUCCAUCCGCAUCAGCAACCUGACUCUGGAGGAGUUCUUCAGUAGCCGAGGAGGAGUCGAGGAGAGCCGGUUCUCCCGUCUGGGUCGAGUGUUGGCAGAUCUCCUGCAGACUUUACUGGAAAACGUGCAGAUCUUCUCUGUGCGGGAGGCCGGUCAGCGGGGGGAGAAGUCGCUCAGCGUUUGGUUUGCCGCUCGCGGCUCUUCGUACUACAAGAAGGAGAAGCUGCACGGCUACGUGGCGGCACACAGAGCCAAGUUGGAGGCCAUGCUGGAUGUGUCCAUAUCUCAGGUGGGCGUUAAUGAGUGUCCCGACACAGACUGCAGUCCGUCUGGAGGCUGCAGCAGCGAGGUUUCAUUCAGCCCGGUGCCAGUGGCUCUCAGCACCGGUAACACCUCUCUGGUUUCGCUGUCGGCCUCAUCGACAGCGCAGUGUGGCUGCCGCGGCCGAGAGGCAACCCACUUACCCUGCACCGCCUACCCCACCAACCCCUGCCUCAACGGCGGCACCUGCCAGGACGGACCGUUGGGAUACAGGUGUAAAUGUCCUCCCAUGUUUGACGGGCCUGAGUGCCAGCAGACCAAACACAGCUUCGGAGGGCAGGGCUAUGCCUGGUUUCCUCCCAUCAUGCCUUGCUUCCAGAGCCACAUCUUGGAGUUCCUUGCUGAGUCGGCGAAUGGGCUGCUCCUCUACAACGGGCCCCUCGGCCACCCCCACUCUGGGGAGCAGGAGGACUUCAUCGCCUUAGAGCUGAGGAAUGGCGUUCCCGCUCUGAGUAUAAACCACGGAUCAGGAACGCUGACUCUGCAGCUCCCGCCCAAAUCCACCGUGAGCGACCGGCGCUGGCACCGCCUCGAUAUCCUCAGCGACGGGAAGGUGGUGCAGCUGAUCCUGGACCAGUGUGGGGGGGUGCUGGUCAGCGAGGCGGAGGGAGAAGGGGGAGAGAUGCAGGAGAGGGAGGAGACUGGCUGCAGAGCAAAGGGGGAGACGCCGGGACACCACAGGUUUCUGAAUGUCUUCCAGCCUCUUCAGUUGGGAGGGGUAAAGGAAACGUCUCCUCAUCGACGUUACCGCAGCUUCACCGGCUGCAUCCGCAACUUGGUGGUGGACAGCCAGGUGUACGACCUGGCGUCCCCAGGUGAAAGUGUGGACAGCACCCCGGGGUGCCGGCUGACAGACGGGGUGUGUGUGACGGCAGCCGGCCCCUCCUGUGGCCCCCGGGCCUCCUGCCUCGCCGACUGGGGCUCGUUCAGCUGCGAGUGCCACCCCGGGUACAGCGGGCACAAGUGUGACAGCGCCCUCCCUGAGUUCUCCUUCGACUCCGGCAGCGUUGUGCGGUUCCAGCUCAGAGGCGGCGGCAGCUCUCGCCGCACAAACGUCCAGCUGCUGCUCCGGACACGAGCUUCCUCCGGCACCCUGCUCUCCAUGACGUCCCGGGAGGCCGACGAGUUCAUCGCGCUGGAGAUCACGGAGGGCCUGCUCUCGGUUCGUGCUGACCUCGGUGACGGCGUCCAUGCCCUGCAUCUCCCCGGGCAACGGAUCGACGUUGGACAGUGGGUGCUGGUCGGACUCGUUCGCCAUGACAACCUGUUCACCCUGCGGCUGGAGCGGGGGGGUGGCUCAAGGGAGGUCCAGACCCGGCUCGGGGGCCGCCGGGAGGUCGUGGUUCACAGCGUUACGCUCGGCAGCGGCGCCGGAGACGAGGCCGGCUUUCAGGGCUGCCUGAGGGACGUUCGUUUUAAUGCUCAGCCCCUCCCUCUGGACGGGCAGAGCCGGGACAUGGUGACGGUGCUGGAGCGGGGGGGCGUCACCCCGGGGUGCUCCAGCGACGCCUGCAGGGGUCAUCCCUGCCGCAGCCCGCUGAUCUGCACCGACCUGUGGAGGAGGCACCAGUGCCGGUGCCCCGGCGGUCAGGUGACGGUGACGGAGGACUCGGGUCAGCAGCGCUGCGCGACGUCGCCCUGCGCUGCCACUUCCUGUCGUAACGGCGGCGUGUGCCAGGCGCUGUCGCCCGACACGCUUCGCUGCCGCUGCCUCGACGGCUUCGGGGGGCAGCGCUGCGAGCUGGGCGGGCUCAAGGGUCACCGCCUCGCCGCCCUAAGCCCCAGCUCCAUCCUCGCCAUCAGCAUGUGUCUGCUCGUCUUCUUCGCCGUCCUGGUGGCGGUGACGGUGUGGAACCAGAAGGGCAGCCGUAACAAGUUCAGGAAGCGCGGAGUUUACCACAUCCCCGCCGAGCACGAGAGCUGGGAGGACAUCCGAGAAAACAUCCUCAACUACAACGAGGAAGGGGGGGGCGAGCAGGACCAGAACGGAUACGACAUCUCGGAGUUGAAGCGCCCGCUGUGCUCCAGCCUGUCCCAGUCGUCCUCCUGCACCACCGCCCCGCUCAUCAAGUCCUCGCCCGGAUCCCAGGAGGAGGUGCACCCGUCGGGCUCCUCCUGCAGCUCUGGCGCUCCCUACCUCAGCAUCCCGCACCACCACCACCACCACCCCCCCCACUACCAGCACGCCCCCUUCGACCCCUCCCUCGCCCCAGCGGGGUCGUGCUCUCACGGGGACUUCAAGAGCUACGUGGCGCGGAUCGUCUGGGAGGCGGACACCGACGGCGGGGCGCUGCCGCCGGACGCCGUGCACGUGUGGAGCGUGGAGGGCUCGGGGUCGACGGCAGGAAGCCUCAGCUCGCUGGGGUCAGCGGCGUCUCGCAGGAUGUUUGUCUGCGGCGCCGAGGAGGAGGAGGAGGAGGGAGGGUUUGUGGACGAAAGACUGUCGCGGUGGGGCCCCAAGUUCCAGGCUCUGAGCGAGAUGUACGACCGGCCCCAGCUGGCCCUCACGUACAGGGACGCAGUGGCCUACAUCCAGAGGAGCCACAGCCGAGACCCCCUGCCUCACCACCACUAGGGGCCGCGUCACAACACCACCCGCAUUCAGAGAGGGGCAGGGAUGUCCUAUUUCUGUGUUGGACCCUGAAGGCAGCAUCUCCCUCCACUUAAAGCCAAAUGGGUUUUCUGUUGGAUUCUGGAUUAUACGUCUAGUCGCCACAAACACAAACUCAAAGCUUUCCUCUUUUUGGAAAUGAAGGGUAAAUAUGGAAUUCCUGAAUUCUUAAAACAACAAUAUUAUGACUGUAAGUAGAUCUAUCGGAAAGAGACUCUGAAACAUCAGGUCAUUACGAUGUCAGACGUGCAAUACAGCGAAUAUAAAAAUGCCUGAGCACUAAUCAACAGGAAACAGCGUGGGGGUGUGGGGGCUCUCUGGGAAUCUGAUUCAGAACCGCUGCUGCUGUUGGCUUUUCCCACACUUUUACCUCCAAGAAACAGUGAAUUACCAGCCGUCCUCUUUUCUACCUUCCUGUUGCACUAGAGGACGAUUAAAAGCUUUGUGAGUUCUUCAGGGGAAACUCUUUUUAACCCCCCCCCCCCCCCCCCCAGAUAUGUAAAAUAAGAUUUGAUAGUUUUCAGAUGAGAGAUUAUUUUUGUACUCCCCAGUAGGAACUUCCCAGAAUGCUUUGCGCCGUGUUAUUAGCGUGCCGUCACUUUGUCGUGUUCAGACGGUAAAAUGUAAAAAUGUAUUUCUGAGAAAAAGCACAAAAUAAACUCACAUUCCUUUUAGCUAGCGCUCCGACACAUCGUACGUGAUGAGGGGCGGGACAUCUCUAAGCAGAGCCGGCCAGCUGACCAAUCAGAGCAGACUGGGCUCUGGUUUCAGACAGAUGGUGAACAUCAGCGGGAGAAGACUCUUUAAAGUAGAGACGCUACAUACUGAUAUACACCUGAACAUCAGCGGGAGAGGACUCUUUAAAGUAGAGACGCUACAUACUGAUAUACACCUGAACAU